AUUCAAUCCGCGCCAUCACCAUCAAUCACUACUUGACACUCGCUCUGCCAUGUCGCAUCCGCGAGCUACCUUGGCCGCAUCCAUGGGUGGAGGAGCCUACUACGGCAAUGAAGGUGGAUCCUCCAUCGCUGAUCAGCUCAUGCAGCUCGACCCGGCCAUCACGGCCACGCUUCAGGAAAUCGACGCCAACUUUGCACGGGCGCAUCAGAUCGUCACCGCUCAGCUACUCCCUGCCGUCAAGGUCUACGGUCAACACAGUGCAAAGACGUGGCAGAGCGCCAAGUUCUGGCAAGACUUCUUCAUCACAGCAGCGCACAUUCCAGUCAAGAGGCCCGAAGACGAAGAGGUGCAUCCUGAUUCUGACUACAAUGGCCACGACGAUCAAUCUACCUACGAUCCUUCGUCCACAACCGAAGAUGCGCAGGCCUCGACCAGCUAUGACCGCUCACAGGGCGAAGACAGCAGGGGCAGCGGCGCCCAGGACGACGACAGCAAUGACAGUGCCCAAUUCUUCCAGAGUGUCAAAAAUGCCCGUGCCAGUAGCCCCCCUCGACUGAGCAACACUUCGCUCAAGGCUGUGGGCAGGCGAGAGGAAAGGGACAGGGAUGCGCGAGCAGCAGCAGCUGGCAGCGGGGCAAACGAGAGCGACGCUUCCUGGGCAGCGAUGGAGUCACCCUUUGAGAAGCUCAAGCGCGAGGUCAAGGCGGAUCAAGACGCUAGCAUGAGCCAAGCAGAGACCCUCCUUGCUCAGCAUAGGGCCAACAAGGCGGCUCGCGAGCAUGAGUUGCUGGCUGAGCGUCGCGAUGCUGUUGAAGGGGACGAGUCCCUCGAUCAAGACCGCAGAGACCUUGUCAAGGGCAUCGAGAACAUGAAGGUCGGCCACACAGCCCGCAGCCCUGCCAAGCUACGUCCUGGAGGGUCAGGCAGUGCCAAGCUGCUCAACAAAGUCCUCAAUGCCGAGCAGCGCAAGGCUGACGCAGGGCAAGGGCAGCGCACGCCAGGCAAGAGUGGAGGAGCCAGCGCUGCUCCUUCAUCUUCUCGAAAUCCCUUCGACCAUCGCGACCCCCGAACUGCAGGCAGCUCUAAAUGGGACGGGAUCGCCGACCUUCGCAAGACUCCUCUCGGCACUAGCGGCAAGCCACGCACAAAGUCGUCCAAGAGCAAGAAGCAACAGCAGAAAGCGCCUGCUGCCGCAGGGAACGAGUGGGAUAGCGAUGAAGAGGACUCCCUUGCAUGGCCUGCCGGCAUGUCUCCGCCUGUAACGCUGCAAUUUUCGGUCCCGCAGAGCAAGUACGCCAAGACGCCUGCCAAAGAGGCGGCUAAAUUGGUCGUGGACGAUCUGCUCCGGACCGUAGAGGCAGGCCCGGCAACAGUGCGACGCGAGAGGGAGAGGAGGGCAGCAGCUGCCGCGGCGAGGGAAAAGGGUGCCGAUACUGCUUCACCCGGAGUUGCGCUAGGUGGGGGCAGCGCCUCCGCCAGUCGUCCCCGCUCCGUGCCUCGAGCCUCGCUGGCCGGUACACCGCUGAAGAAAGGCCCACUGGGCAAGCCACCGAAGGGUCAAGGAGCGCAAAAGAGGCGCGACUCGAUGCCUACGCCUCCCACCCUGACACGACACGGCAUUGCCCCGACGGGUCCGCGUCAAUCUACCACUCCCCUCGCCCCACCUGCCGGCGUCGUGCCAGGCAGUGCGGCGAGCAGCACAACAGCCGGUGGGGGCCGCGCUGCCCUCCUCAUGGACGAAGGCGAAGACGGUCUCGAAGAAGGGCUUGACGAGCUUCCCGACCUACACGCAGGUUCCAAGACGGACAUUGAUGCCCUCCUCGCGGAAGGUCAGCGCAGAGAUGGGUCGGAGGAGUCAGAAAGCGAAUCGGACGAGUCCGACGAGGAUGAAGACGACGUUGUUCCCCCAGCCAGCGUGUCCAAGCUCUCAACCUUCAGCACCAACAGCGGGUGGAGCUCGAGCUCAAACAACACGGGUGAGAGGCACAACUUGAUGGCUUCACUGGACAAUGAUACGUUGUUCGGUGUUGGAGGAGGAGGAGGAGGUGGUAAACCGGCUGCAGCAGGGAGCGCAGCGUCACGAGGGACGGCGCCAUCCUCCUCGACAGGCGGGCGUGCACCUGGGUCCUCCUUCCACGUCGUUGGUCCCCAGCUGGACCAGACUGUGCAGGGUGGGCAAUUGCUGGCCGACAAGGACGUCACGUAUAGCGCGCCGAGCCCGACGCCAUGGAAGUAGGCGCGAGCAAUUCCGCUCACCGUAUCGCUUCGUAGACUCGUAGACUUUGACACCCAAUACCGCUUGCUCGCUGAUCGCUCUGCAUGUAUUUCGUUUCACGUCGAAUGUUGGAGAAUUCCUUUGAACUUUGCACAUGACGGCAUGAUCAAGCAUGAUGACAACAAGAACUCUCCCUUACUACGCAGCCUGCUGUCCCGUGACACGCUCGCCCUGCACUAGUGUCGCCGCCCUCUCCCUUCUCUCUGUCCCAUCCUCAUCUUCGCCCUCAGUCGACGUGCUCUCUCCCCCAUCAUGCUCAUCUGCCGUUGUCUCCCCCUCCGUCUC